GGCUAACCAGACCAUUUCUAGAGGAACCAUGGCUGCCUUCAUGUCUCUGAUUCUACCUCUACUGCUGCUGCAUAUGGCCUCCGGCCAACACGGACCAUCGGACUGUGUCAUCAAGAUGGAGCGCGAGAAAUGUCUGGAGAAUAUGGCGGCGUACGAACCAGUCAACAACGAAGAAAUAGUAUGUCCCUGGUUCUGGGAUAACCUGACGUGCUGGGAGCCGGCCAGUCUAGGUGAAGUAAUCGAGGUCAACUGCCCUUCACUCUUCUCAGAGUCCAUCAGUGAAGAAGACUACGAGGUGGGGAAGGUGAGCCGUAACUGUACAGAGUUCGGCUGGUCGGAUACGUUCCCUCACUAUGUGGACGCCUGCCUCUUCGACGAGGGAAACAGCACCCAUACCGACAUGUACUACCUGUCCGUCAAGGCGCUGUACACGGUGGGCUACAGCACCUCCCUCGUCUCCUUGACGACGGCCAUGGUCAUCCUCUGCAGGUUCAGGAAGCUGCACUGCACCAGGAACUUCAUUCACAUGAACCUGUUUGUGUCCUUCAUCCUGCGGGCCAUCUCCGUCUUCAUCAAAGAUGGAGUUCUGUACGCCAAGGAGGACAGCGACCAUUGCUUUAUCCACACAGUGGAAUGUCGAGCGGUGAUGAUAUUCUUCCAUUACUGCGUGCUCUCCAACUACUUCUGGCUGUUCAUUGAAGGCCUCUACCUGUUCACCCUGCUGGUAGAGACCUUCUUCCCCGAGAGACGCUACUUCUACUGGUACAUCAUCAUCGGCUGGGGAACCCCAACGGUUUGCGUGACCAUCUGGGCCGUAUUGAGGCUGCACUUUGAUGACAUCGGGUGCUGGGAUAUGAAUGACAACGCUGCCAUCUGGUGGGUGAUCAAGGGACCGGUGCUAGCGUCCAUAAUGGUCAACUUCGUCCUCUUUAUCGGAAUAAUCGUAAUCCUUGUCCAGAAGCUGCAGUCUCCAGACAUCGGGGGAAAUGAAUCAAGUAUUUACCUGAGGCUGGCCCGCUCCACUCUGCUCCUCAUUCCUCUAUUUGGUAUCCACUACACGGUGUUCGCCUUCUCCCCGGAGAACGUGAGCAAGAGGGAGCGUCUGGUCUUCGAGCUGGGCCUGGGCUCCUUCCAGGGCUUUGUGGUGGCUGUCCUCUACUGUUUCCUGAACGGAGAGGUGCAAUCGGAGAUCAAGAGGAAAUGGCGCAGCUGGACGGUGAACCGGUACUUUGCUGUGGACCUGAAGCACCGCCACCCUUCGCUGGCGAGCAGUGGGGUGAACGGGGGGACCCAGCUGUCCAUCCUCAGCAAGAGCAGCUCACAGAUACGUAUGUCCAGCCUGCAGUGCGAGACGCCAGCCAGCUGA